AUGGGCAGAUGGGUGACAUUUUCAUGGUUGUGUUGGACAGAAAAUCGUCCCAGGGAUAUGGCUACUUCAAAGAUUACAUUCAUAAAAGACAUUGACCCAGUCAAUUCGGAUGUCACUAUCAAAGUGAAAGUAUUGAAAUUAUGGACGCUCAAUUCUAAAUUUAAUGAUAACGAAAAGUAUUCCAUCGAAAUGAUUUUCUUGGAUGAACAGGGAACUCUAAUUCAAGCUAAUGUUUUCCAAAACUUAUUUUAUAAGUUUGAAAAAAGUCUUCGUGAGGGAUCCGUUUAUGAAAUUACCACCCUAUCUGUUGCCAAACACAAUCCACAUCCGAAAUCUACCAUCUUUUCUGAUCUUCCAAAUAAAAUAACCUUUGUAAGGGAAACAGAACUUAAGGAUUCUCUUGAUUUUCCGGAAAAUGUUUUCGGAUUAUCUUUUGUGGAUUUUCAGAAAAUUAAUUCCAAGGUUAUCCCAACCCAAAGAUCUGUUGAUGUUAUUGACGUGGUUGUCUCCCGUACUACUAUUAUCCCCUCUCAGAAAAAAGACAAGCAGAGAAUCCAUCUUGAGCUCAAAAACUUGGAUGGUGUACAUCUUAAGGUCACUUUGUGGGGUCAUUUUGCCAACAAAGUUUCUGAUUAUCUUGACAAUCAUAACACUGAUGAUUGUGUUGUUAUAAUUGUGCAGUUUGCAAAAAUAAAUGAUUAUAGAGGUAAAUUCGGUGUUGCAAGUUACUAUGAUGUCACAACUGUCUUCAUCAACACUGAUAUUGAUGAAAUCAAACAGUUGGCUAAGGAUAAUGAAUCUUCACAAUCAUCCGGUACCAUCAGCUUGAUUCGGACGAAACAUGUUUCAAUCAAUGAUGAUUUCUUAAAAAAUAAUGAAGUUAAGACAAUUUACAAAAGUAAAGAACCUGUCCAGGUUGAAGAGUUCAUCAUUGUCGGUACUAUAAUAGGUAUCCGCCAAGACAAACCUUGGUGUUACCAAAGUUGUCCCGACUGUCACGUAAAGACAGUAGAAAUUCCGAAUACCAAUGAAGAUGUGAAACUUUACAAGUGUACAAAUGUUGAAUGCAACAAGUCUACUAAAGUUCCUAUCCCAAGAUACAUGAUUCCAGUUUGUGUUCAAGACGAUUCUGCUUCUACAAUCUUAACUAUGUUUGAUCGGGAAGCAUAUGGGCUCUUGGGAAUUUCAGCCAGAGAUUUAGCAGAAAAACAUACUAGGCUUGGAUUCAGUUUGGGCAUAUAUCCUCCUGAACUCAAUUUUUUGAAAAAUAAGCAUUUAGCUUUUAAAGUGAGUGUCACGAAAUAUAAUGUGAAAUUUCAAAACAGUGUCUACACAAUCUCAAGGGUAACGGAGGAAAAGCAAAUAAUUGAGACUUUGGAGAGAAAGUUACUUCAGUUGCAGCCUGCAACUUUAGAGUCUUUGAACGAUGGACCAUCCGACUCCAAUUCCCAGGAAAAAAUAGUUACCAAGGAUUGGGUUUCACAUUCUGAUGAAAAUGUUACACCGUCUACCGGGGAUAUUUUGACACCAACAAGUUCUAAUCAUGUAAAAAGUACUCCGAUGAAUUUAACACGCAAGUUUGAAGAAGUGUAUGAUGUGGAACAGUAUUCGAAUUCGUCAUCAACAAAAGCACCACGUCUUUCAACUGGAACUGGAGAGGGGAUCAAGCUUUUGAUACCAAAAGUUGAAAAAUAA